AUGGGAGCUGCAUGUUGCGCAGGCGCCGCGAUGGCCGGUGGAGCUGCUACAGCAGGCCCUACAUCUCUGCUUGACGGAACAAUAUACAGCUUCCUCUCAGCCAUUCCUAUCGCUCUGUACCACUACUAUCCACAAAUCACCCUUGUGCUUGCCACUCUCGCCAUCUUACUUGCCUCCUCAUUCUACCUUCUUCUCAUCCUGCUAACACCCGACACGAAGCAAAGUUCUCCCUCCGAGCUUACGUACCUCUCAACCGAAAGUAAAGACGCACAACCACUCGCUGAGAUCAAAGACGAAGCAGAGGUGCAACUCAGUGUCGUCGUUCCGGCCUACAACGAGAAGGAGCGAUUACCAGUCAUGCUCAAAGAGACGGUCGAAUUCUUGGAAGGACUGAAAGCUGGGAGACGAAGCUUGAUCCAGGGACUCGAAAAGAAAGGAGCUGGUUCGAACAGGCUUCAUCUCAACGGUCGCUGUGGGACUGCUGAAGCGGUGCAUCGUGCCCUUACUUCUCCGCUGGCCAGCUACGAGAUCAUUGUCGUCGACGAUGGCUCAAACGAUAACACCCAUCAAGUUGCUCUAGAAUUUGCACGCACCUCUCCCUCUCCUUCAGCAAUUCGUGUUGUAAGGCUGGUUAAGAACAGAGGCAAAGGUGGAGCAGUUCGUCAUGGAGUCCUUCAUUCACGCGGUCACGUGAUCCUGUUCGCUGAUGCCGACGGAGCAACUUCCUUUUCCGACCUCACUAAGCUUUCUCUCACUCUUUCCCAUGUUCUUACACCUGCUGGUCACGGUGUUGCGGUGGGCAGCCGCGCGCAUAUGGUCAAGAGUGACGCUGUUGUGAAGAGGAGCUUUAUUCGAAAUUUCCUCAUGCAUUCAUUUCACAUCUUUCUUACUCUCCUUCUCCGGCCACCUACCCUUGGAGGCUUGCUAAAGAGAAUCUCAGGAGGAAAGGGGAAGACGAAGGAGAACUGCAGCGGAAAGAAAGGAGAAAAGCGAGUAGCUCUCCCCGUCCAACCAGAGAUCAAAGACACCCAGUGCGGAUUCAAACUGUUUACUCGCCCAACUGCUAGACUUGUAUUCCCAACAAGUCAUAUCGACGGGUGGAUUUUCGACGUUGAACUCCUCAUCCUCGCCCAAACCUCUUCGCAGCUGGCACUGCAACAACACAUCCCACCCUCACCCAUGCCCGAACAAAGUGAAGGCUUUGGUAAGCAACAAGGAGAACAGAAGGAAGAGCAAGAGGAGGAAGAGUGGAUGAAGUUGAAAAGGUUGCCGAUCCCAAUAGCUGAAGUGGCGGUACACUGGCAGGAAGUGGGUGGAAGUAAGAUCGAUCUGGUCAGAGAUAGUAUUAGGAUGGCGAUGGAUUUGGUUGUUAUUAGGGCCAAUUAUGGGAUGGGUCGAUGGAAGGGUCCUCCGCCCGCUCUCUAG